UCCCUGGAGUUUCCAGUUCCGGCCUCGUAGGGGCGGGAGGCAACCGAGAAUAUGCGGCUGUCGGUCGCCGCCGCCAUCUCCCACGGCCGCGUAUUCCGCCGCCUGGGCCUUGGUCCCGAGUCCCGCAUCCACCUGUUGCAGAACUUGCUUACGGCACUGGUGCGACACGAACGCAUCGAGGCGUCAUGGGCGCGCGUGGACGAGCUGAGGGGCUACGCCGAGAAGCUCAUCGACUAUGGGAAGCUAGGAGACACCAACGAACGAGCCAUGCGCAUGGCUGACUUCUGGCUCACGGAGAAAGACUUGAUCCCAAAGCUGUUUCAAGUAUUGGCCCCUCGGUACCAAGGUCAGAAUGGGGGCUACACAAGAAUGCUGCAGAUCCCAAAUCGGAGUCAGCAGGAUCGGGCCAAAAUGGCAGUGAUUGAGUAUAAAGGGAACUGUCUGCCACCCCUGCCCCUGCCUCGCAGAGACAGCAACCUUACACUCCUAAACCAGCUGCUUCAGGGACUGCAGAAGGACCAGGAAGCAAGCACCCACACAGCUCAAACACAGGGGAUUUAACGGGAGCCAAGAGUGAGUGGCCCUCAUCAGUGCCCAUGAUCACAGGCCUUGGGGGCUCUUUUAAUCUCUAAGAAGAACUGGAGCAGGAGUUGUAAGAUGGACCAUCUUGUUGGAGCCCAGAACCUUCUGGGAGACAGAUAACCCUCUUUGCAUAAUAGAUAAAUUCAUUGUAUGAGUAUAUGUAAACUAAUUUUUUUUUUUCUUCUCUGAGGAUUUCUGGAAAACGAGAACUAUCCAAGUAUUCAGUCUUGUAGGACAGUAAAUCCAUGUUGUGUGUUUCUGGCUCUUAAGUCUGGGUUGGGUUGGGUUAGCACAGUUUUGUUUUUCUUAAUGCCACAUUAUAUGGGGCAUGUAUCCUAAAAUUCCAAAUUGGCCCCCAAAAGUGUUUUGAUGUCUACAUAGAGACUAAGCCCCUAGGGCUUCUUAGAGAAGGAUUACUUCCUAACGGGGGGUGGGAGAGUGAACAUCUAGAAGUGAACUUUCUGCAAUAAUCAGGUACCCUAGAAACCUUCAAGGUUCCAUUCCUUUGUUUCUAGGCAGGAUCACAUAUUACCCUCAUGUGCUCCCCUCGAGCCCUGAAUGGGCCUCAGAGGAGAGGACCUGGAACUCAGAUGUACCACCACACUGGCCAGAGGAGUGGAAGCAUUCAGCAGAGGAUGUUGACUCCAGGAUAAGCUCCUUCCUCUUGGGGUGGGCUUGGAGGGGUGAAGGAGAGGCUUGAAGUGGGAGGAAGAUUAGGAAGUUAAACCUCUGGGGAUUUCCUGGAAGUUUUCAUUGUUGGCAAAUCUGGGCCUCUCUGGGAACUCAGAAAAGGGAAAUCCGGCUUCAGAAUGGUCAGGGCAUAUGAGAAGUAGGAAGCUCCUUUACGUGCACUAGUUACUUUGAAGCCAGACUUGGCCCAGCCAGGCUGCCCAUCCCUCACACUCAGAGGCUUGACUAAGGUGGUAGUCAUGGGAAGACUUGGAGCUAUCAUGCCUGCCUGAACACUUGAUAGCAGGGCCUGACAGAUCCCAUAGCUCUAGUACAGUGGGAAAAAGAAAUUUAUCUUAGGCCAGACCUUCAGAGGGUGUUUGAUCCAUUAUCUCAGAUAAUAAGAGUUGGGGUGGAGAGAGUCACUGGUCUAGCAGGUAGAUACUAGCUUCAGUGACAGAGCUAUUCUUGUGCUAUUUCAGUGCUAUUUUCAGACUGCUCCCCUAGUCUGAGAUUAAUCUCCCAACAGGGUUCUCAUCUCUUACAGCACAUAUACCAAAAUUGGAAUGAUACAGAAAAGAUUAGCAUGGUCUCUGUGCAAGGAUGACACACAGAUUCGUCAAGCGUUCCAUAUUUUUUAAAUGAAAAAUUUUUUGAAUUACAAAAGGAGUACAUGAAUCCUAUAAAAUUUAAUAAAGGCUCAGGGAUGACACAAGGGAAAUAAGAAUAUAACAGUUUUACUGAUCUGGCCUAUAAAUGGUAGCUUUUUCACCUAAAUGGGUGAAACAUACCCUUGAGUUCAUCUAGGCAAGCAUCUCUUUAAUAAACUCCAAACACCCAAGAGAGGAGUCCAGAUACACUAGAAUUCCUCCUUUGAGAAGUUCUCUGUCUUAAGGGGUUGUGCAUAGCUCAGUGGUAGAAGGCGUGUUUGGCAUGCAUGAGGUCCUAGGUUCAAUCCCCAAGGCCUCCAUUAAGGGGGGAAAAAAGUUCUUUGUCUCAAGUUCCAGUUUUUCACUCCAAGGUUCACAGUUAUGCCCACUCCCCUCAAAGGAUAACAAACUUAGUCUAGCCUCAACAGAUCAGUGACACAGUGUAAGCCCAAUAUCCAGAGGAGAUAACAACUACAAAAGUCAGGGAUUGUUUCCUUACACUCAUCUACAGUCAAAUUAGCAGGUCAUAUUGAUUUUGCUUCUCAAAUCUGUAGUCACCUCUCUCCCAGUCUGAAGUCCUAGAGAUCUCGACCCUAAAUUACUGCAACAGCCUCCUAACUUGCCUCCCUCCACACUGCAGCCAUAGUGAUAGGAAUCUGCUAUCUUAAUUCUCUGCUUGCUGAUCUCCAGUGGCUCUUUUCCUAUGGGGAAAGAAUCCAGAUUCCUUACCAUGACUCCCCUCAGUGAGUAGGCAUCUGCUCAUUGUUCCAGCUUCUUCCUUUGCUUCUAGUUCUAUGCUCCAGAACCUUGAAGGGCUUUGUUUUGACUGUUUCCCUAUGCACAGCUGCCCUUACCACCUUUUAUUCAUCUAUCACCCAGAGAACCCUCUCCCCUUUACCUACCUGCCUUGUAUACAAACUUUCAGCAUCUCCGGGGUGAUUGCUGUAACCAUCUCUACACCUAAGUUCAUUACUUUGUAACCCUAGGUGCGGCUACAGUAUUUCCAUAAUACACUGGAUUUACCAUGGUGUGUUACAAUUCCCUGCAGUGGAUUGAUUCCCAAACAUCCACCCCAGAUAAGUUUAAGGCAGUCAUGGUACUUCCAUCCCCUUGCUGUUGGUGGGUUCAGGGGUGGACAGGCCUUAACUAAUUUGAGGCCAUGAGAAUCCAUGCUCUACUCUGCUGAGUAAGAGUAAGAUUACAUGUUAUUCUGAUAAGCACAGGGAACUGGCUCUAGACUAAAGAGGACACUGAGAGUGGCAGGUCAGAACAACUGAAAGGUACUAUAUAGUAAGAAUCUUUAGUGAUUAUUCCCAUUUAUGCCUGGGUUUUCUGUUAAUUGCUACCAAAGGUAAUAUUAUUUUCUACUGUUGAAUCUUUAGGGUAGUGUUUUCCCCAAAUUCUUUUACUAUGACCCACAGGUCAAAAAACAUUUUACAUUGGAACAUAACAUUGACAUAAAUAGGUGUAAUGAAACAAAAGCAGCACAAAGCAUUUACUUGUACAGAUAUCAUGUGCACUAAUAUUGUCUACUAUUUUCUAGUUCAGUUUUUUAAAAUGAUAGUCCCAAUCCAGUAGAUUGAUUUUACAGCUCACUAAUGUUUUACAACCUGCUUUUGAAAAACACUGAUCUCAGUCAGCAUUACAGAUUUGCAGUUGCCUUUGCUGGAUAAAAUCCUGGCUUCUGUCGUGGCAGAAAGACCUGCUAUGGCCUGUUCUCAGCCACCCCUCAGGGUCAUCUACAGAUAUUUGCUACCAGCCUUCGUAGGAAACUAACUUGUUAUUCUCUGAAUAUAUCUACCUUUGUGCAUGAUGUUGCCUCUACUGUAGUGCUUGCCCUGUUUCAAGUUACCUUCUACAGGGUAUUCAGAUCUCUACUCAGGGUCACUUUUUUGAGGCCUUCUGCAAACUCUGCAUCACCCUUCAAAUGGGGCUAGGUCCAUUCCUGGGUGCGGUGAUACUCCUCACGGCAUAUGCCUGUCAAAGCAUUCAUCACACCAUACUACCAAUUACCUGUCUGCUUCACUGACUCCUUCACUGAACUGAGCUCCCAAAACUAGGAACUGGGACUCAUUUCCUCUGGAUAACUCUUUUCCUACCAUGGGACCUGAUUCAGUAUAUGCUCAAUAUAUGUUUAUUAAAUGAAGAGUAAGCUGCAUGUUGUCUACAACAGAGUCAGCUCUGGCUGAGCUUUACAAAACCAUCAACAUGGUACUCUGCAGGGACAGAGCUACGCUACACUGCAGAGUAUACCAAGGCUGAAGAAAUGGAUUCCUUCCUUUCCAGGGACUUAAGUGUUAAUAAUGACAGUCAAGAAUGUAAGCAUAUGUCUAAUUCAUUUCCCACACAUUUCAUAUUUCAUUUUCUGAAAUAUUUCUAAUCAACCUGCAGACAGAAAAUAGCUCUACAUUUUCCAAGAUGUAGCCAAAAGCUGGUCUGACACCUCUUCUCUGAAGUAUUCACUGAAUUCUGCAUAAGUUAGAGACUUUUCCAGUGAUCCAGUUUCACAGGAUACAUCUUUCACUGCAGCAGUGGCACAGUUACAUUGUUCAACACCCUUCACUAGCUGGUGAAUUCCUUGAGGGUAGAGGACAUACUAAAUAAAACCUUGUGCUGCCCAGUUGAAAACAUGAGAUGUAAUAGGCAUCUGUAUAGGUCAACUGAAUCAAUGCAUUGCACCAACUUCUUCAGCCUAGCUCUGCAUUUUAGGUUUACUAACUCCUCCCUUCCCCAGUUUCCUCUUACUUCAUCUGAAAAUGAACUUCCUGCAACGCUGAUUCCCUAUUGUUUGCUACUGGGCAAUGUCUGUACCCUUAGGGCUUUCCUCUCUGUGCCCUUAAAUGCAGAGGCAUACUGUAGCUCUCUGAAAUUAGAGACAUGAAUUUGGUAGUUAAGUUUGAGAUGCCCUAAUAAUAAAAAUGGUCUAUAUGCUUAUAUUUUGAGGAAAGGAAUUUCAACUUUUCUGUCAUUUUGUCAUUCUGUUCCACAAUAUCUGUUUAAUAUUAAAUUAAUGUUUUUAGUUCUUA